AUCUGGAUUUCCUACAGAUUGAUUGGAUUAGAAUAUUGUCCUAUCCAUUGUGUUUACUAGUUAAUGAAUUUGUACUGCGCUCGCUCUCUGACAAACUGAAGCCCGCGACUUAGUAAACAUACUGUACCCUCAUAACUAUCGCAAAUCGUAGGGCCAAAGGCGAUACAAAUUGAACGUUUUCUUCCCAUCCGAGCAUACAUCGUCAAUUCUGUUGUUGAAUGCCAGCUGCCUGCACGUUGUAUGUGCGGUAAUAAUAUGUCAGUGCCGUUGCCUGCUAUUGUACCUGCCGCUCGGAAAGCCACUGCAGCGGUGAUAUUUCUUCAUGGCCUGGGUGACACUGGUCAUGGCUGGGCAGAGGCCUUUGCUGGGAUCCGGACACCACAUGUGAAAUAUAUCUGUCCUCAUGCUCCAAUCAAGCCUGUUACAUUAAACAUGGGCAUGUCCAUGCCCUCCUGGUUUGACAUCAUCGGAUUGCAAACAGAUGCAGAGGAAGACGAAGCUGGUAUUAAACAGGCAUCAGAGAAAAUUAAAACGCUGAUAGAUCAAGAAGUGAAGAAUGGAAUACCAUCCCACAGGAUUGUUAUUGGCGGAUUUUCUCAGGGUGGAGCGUUGUCUCUCUACACUGCUCUCACGUCCCAACAGAAGCUGGGGGGAGUGGUUGCUCUCAGCUGCUGGCUCCCUCUACGGCACUCCUUCCCUCAGGCGUCGGCCAACUCUGCCAACAAGGAGAUGCAUGUCCUGCAGUGCCAUGGCGAGGCGGACCCUCUAGUGCCUGUAAUGUUUGGAUGUCUUACUGUGGAGAAACUGAAGACCCUCUGCAAUCCAUCCAACAUCACCUUUAAUACCUAUCCCAGAAUGCCUCACAGUGCCUGCCCUGAGGAAAUGAUGGAUAUCAAGCAGUUUAUUGAAAAGCAGCUUCCUCCAAUCUAACGGUUAGACCUACACACCCACCGCCAUCAGAGCUCAUUGAAGGUGACUCCUGUGAUGCUCCAUAGACUGUCUGAACCACAGACCUCACUCAAUAGAACCUGCUGCUAACUCUGGCUGUCAGAGACAUAGUCAUAGACAGGCCCUAUGGCUAGCUAGAGACAAGCCAAGGAGAGGGACAUCAUAACUUAAACUAUUGUAUUCUCUGCUGGAGCCUGGUGGAAUCUUCAGUAUUUUAAUCUGUUGCCAGUUGCCAGUACUGUUGUUGGUGUAGCGAUUUGCUAUUGAAAAGCCAUCUCUUCCAGGGAAUACAUGUGUUGGGAGUCUUUUUUAAUUGUAUGGUUUGAAAAUAUGAAUCUUAAUAUGUUGAUUUGUUAUGGGGAAAUAAAACCCUGAUUAUAAUGCAAUAGUAAAAGAAGACUACAAUAUACAAUUAUUGUGCUUUAUUCGAUUUGUAGGAAUUUAAAGCCAUUUUCUGUUAAUUCAAUACACAAAUACAGUAUAUGAAUAGUCACAUACUAUUUAUUUCAUACAUGUAUAUUCCUGUUUACGUUUUGAAUCAGAAAAAAAAUAGGACUAAAUUAGCAUCACAGUAUUCAUAUCACAGGCAAGAUCUUUUUCCAGGUAUCAGCUCACACUGUACGUAAAAAGUGACUAUUCUUUGAGAAGAGCUGAAAGCACCACAAUUUAAUAUCAAUUGUGUUCAACUGCUGCACCAUUUUUGGAAUAUUUUAUUCAAACUAUGUUGAAGGUGUAGUGGUAAACGAUCUAAUGCCAAGGCACUUUCCCAUGUCUUCUUAACAUUAAGUGAAAUUAGGUUUCACUAAAAAGAACUGAAAAUGCUUUAAGUCUGACAAUAUACCUACACACAAAUGCAGUGCUAACAGAUACAACAUGCUUUCCCCUCAUAACACUAUAGAAAAGUGCAAUGUCAAGCGCUAGGCAAUAUAAAAAUAAAAAUAUAUUUGGAAACAUCUUGCAAUCUGAAA